AUGCCCAGUCCUGAUCCCGAUUUAUCAAGUCUUACCAUGGCUCUAGCUUCAGGAACAUCUGGUAGCAUGAUAGGUGACAUUAAAGACGCCCUUCAAAGUUGUUCCGCUGAGGAAUUGGAGGAGUUUAUUUCUCUCCUCAUGGAGUACAAAGCAAAACUGAUGUUGACUAAAUGUGCUGAUUUUGUAGGCAAUAAAUUUCUCGUGGAUAAGCUAACAGAGGAGGAAGCGCGGAAACAGAGGGGAGUGUUUCUGGGUCGGAAGAAGGUUGGUGUUGAUGAGGAUACACCAUUUCAACGUCAUUCAAUCUAUCCCCUUGUUCGUCAAAAUGGCAACGAUAGCUUCCAUGUAUUCACGGCAACUUUGGUGGAUCCCUUCAAGCCAUCCAAAGUAGCUGUUAUUGAUGGUUCGAAUUGCCAAAUGGAGAUUGAAAUUCUGCAAAAAAUGGGUUGUUACGGCUAUGCACCAGAAGUUGAGGCGAGGAGGAAAGAAUGCGCGAGUCCCUCGAAGUUGUUUUUGUUCGAUACAGAGAUGUUUUUUCUGUUGCAUGGGUUGGGCGUGCUAAGGGUGAGGAUCCCGAAGAAAUUCUUUGAAAAGACAGUGCUGAUUGAAGGUGGUGAAGAGAAGAAUAGAAAGACACCCACCCAUCACCUUUGGGACCUUCUCUCCUCUCCUAGCAACCCCAGUUCAGAGCCUCCCUUGGCGCCAUUUCAUUUUCGUUACGCCGCUUAUUUGUACUAUCGCUCGAGGGGAUGGAUUGUGCGACCCUCCUUGACCUUGGGCGGUGUCGACUUUCUCCUCUACGCUGAGUCGCCUUGCCUGCGUCAUGCGGCCUACGCGGUUAUUGUGAUGUCGGCAUCCAACACUCGCUCAGCCCGUGAUAUUGCUGCACACCUACGUGUCACAUCAUCCGUUGCCAAGGUGGUGAACGCUUUCAACAUUAGUGCUAAUGUGCUUGAAGCUGAGUGUUCAAGUCCACAGACACGUCCCGGUGAAGUGGCUGCAAUGCCACUGCUGCAUGGCCUGCGGGCCAUGCCACCAGUCCCUCAGCUAUCUCGUGCAUCACUGACUACCCUGGCUGAUUGCGAUCUCAGCUUUCAAGGUAGACCUGGUGCACUACCUAUGUCUGAAUAG